CGUUUCUCCUUUAUACUAGCGUUUCGACGCGCUUUGUCUACUACCAACUACUUUACCACUACUGCUAGUAAUAACAACAUAAUGUACGGUACUAGGACAAAGACAUAUCAAGGCAAGGGAGCUAGGCUCGGUGAGACCGGCAGAUUCGAAGGCGACUUCAAGAUAUAUCCUAAUGCUACAGCACCUUACCUUAAGGAGACCACGGAGCUUUUUGAUAAGCUCUAUGCCGCUCAAGAAGAGCGUCUUGCCGCGCUCCCCAAGGACCCCAUCACCAUCGUAUUGCCUGAUGGCACUCAGAAAGAGGGUCGUAAGUUCGAGACCACCCCUUUGGACAUCGCUAUUGGCAUAUCAAAGGGUUUGGCCAACUCCGUGGUGGCCGCAAAGAUCCUCUACACUGAGCCUGUUGACAGUAUGGACCAGGUUGUUGCUGCUGAUGAUGAAUCUGAUGUUGGCUCUGAUGCUGGUGAUGAGGGAUCUGAUGAUGAGGAGGAGGCUCACGUUAAUACGGUGAAGGCAUGGCAGAAGGAAACCGUAUGGGAUCUAUCGAGACCUCUGGAGGGUUCAUGUAAACUAGAACUCCUCAAGUUCGACUCCCCCGAAGGUAAAGAUACUUUCUGGCACUCCAGCGCGCACAUUCUUGGCGAGGCUAUGGAGCAGGAGUAUGGCUGCUAUCUGACCAUUGGACCCCCUCUCGAGAACGGUUUCUACUAUGAUGGAUUCUUUGGCAACCUCAAGUUGGGCCCAAAUGAUUACGAAAAGAUCGAGAAGCGCAUUGACUCGAUUGUUAAGAGUGAUCAGAAGUUCCAAAGGCUUGUCGUCACCAAGGAGGAAGCAUUGGAGCUCUUUGCUUAUAAUCCCUUCAAGCUUCAACUCAUUUCUACUAAGGUUCCGGAUGGAUCGCUGACUUCGGUCUACCGUAUCGGGUCUCUGGUCGAUCUUUGUCGUGGUCCUCAUCUUCCUCGUACUGGAAUCGCCAAGGCCUUCUGGGUUAACAAAAACUCUCAGGCUUACUGGCUAGGAAAGGCUGAGAACGAUUCUCUACAACGUGUUUACGCUAUAUCGUUCCCCACUGAGAAGAUGCUGAAGGAAUAUAAGAGGAAUGUUGAGGAGGCUAUGAAGAGAGACCAUAGGCUUAUUGGCAAGAAGCAGGACCUGUUCUUCUUCCAUCCUACCAUGUCGCCUGGUUCCUGCUUCUGGACCAGCCACGGUGCUGUUAUAUACAACAAGCUUGUUGACUUCAUACGUAGGGAGUAUCGACUUCGUGGAUUUGAUGAGGUCAUCACGCCCAACAUCUUCAGUGAAGCCCUCUUCCAACAGUCUGGUCACUGUGGUAAUUACAAGGAUAAUAUGUAUAGUAUGAAUAUUGAGGGUGAGACGUGGUUCCUCAAGCCUAUGAAUUGUCCAGGUCACUGUAUGAUAUUUGACCAGAAGGUCCGCUCUUAUAAGGAGCUCCCUAUCCGUAUGGCCGACUUUGGUGUACUCCAUCGUAACGAGCUAUCGGGUACCCUCUCCGGCCUCACCCGUGUCAGAAGGUUCCAGCAGGAUGAUGCUCAUAUUUUCUGCCGUCCUGACCAGGUCCAGGAUGAGAUUGUUCAUGCCCUCGAGUUCCUCAAGUUCGUCUACAAUACCUUUGGAUUUGACUUCUCGGUGUGCCUGUCGACUCGGCCGAAGAAGGCGAUUGGCUCUCGAGCCAUCUGGGACACCGCGGAGAGCGGCCUCAAGAACGCCCUUGAGGCUUGCGGUAUUGACUAUGAUUUGAACCCUGGCGAUGGUGCUUUCUAUGGUCCUAAGAUCGAUAUCCGCCUUCGUGACGCUCUGAACCGCUAUCACCAGUGCGGCACCAUUCAGCUUGAUUUCAACUUGCCCAUCAGAUUCAACUUGCAAUACCGCAUUGCCGAGACGGAGGAGAGUGGUGAUGCCCAUGCAGCAUCAGAGGCCGCUAACAGUCCUGUUAACGACCAGCAGAAGGGUAGUACUCAAAGCUCUGCUGCUGUUGAGAACGUUGGAAGCAAGGCCAAGGCUGACGAGAUCACUCUGGGUGAACUCAGACACGGUUUCGAACGUCCUGUUAUGAUCCAUCGUGCUAUUCUCGGUUCGAUAGAGAGGUGCACUGCUAUUUUGACGGAGCAUUUCGGUGGCAAGUGGCCCUUCUGGCUCUCACCUAGGCAGGUCAUGGUCGUACCUGUUAGUGACAAGUACAGUGACUAUGCUGACUACGUGCGUAAGCAGUUGGUCCGUUUGGGGUAUGAGGCUGAUGCCGAUCUCUCGACGAGGACCAUGAACAAGAAGGUUCGCGAGGCUCAGGUAGCUGCCUUCAACUACAUUGCUGUUGUUGGUGAAAAGGAGCAGAACGAUCUCACUGUCACUCUACGGAAGCGUGAUACGGCGAGGCCGUUGGGUACGUUCGGCAUCAGGGAGAUGUUUGAUAUGUUCGAGAAGGGGUCGGAAGUGAACUCGGAUGACCUUCAUACUAUUCAGCCCUUUAUGGGGCGUCUGCCUGAGGUCCUGGCCAAGUUGCCGGAACCAUUGAAGAACGAUGAGGAUGAUUCUGCCUUUCACUGCUGCUCUUCCCCUUCCUCUUCUACUGCAGUAGACCAUGUUGACGCUAAGUUAACUUCCUGCCCGGACGAGUCCAAAUCAUCUCGUGUUACCUCGUCCAAAGGCAGUAGUGUUGGUGGCGAAUCGUCGUCGACUAUGACAGUGUCUACCUAUAUCGAUAUCGGGGCGAUGCUGAUAGUUCUCGCGUGCUUCUUAUAUAUGCUCCUAGUAUAUAUUCCUAUGGCUGUGAUUGGUAUCUCUUUGUUUUGAGUCC